UGACUGGCAUUUUCAUGGGCAGGUCUACCAUAUUUUUCUGUGAAAAGCCACUCCCUCCUUCUUAUAUAUAAAACGCAUUGAUAUCGCCCACUUAAUUUCCUCUUCAGCUCUGGUUUGACUCAGUGCAGAAAUGUUACUUAUUUCAACUGCAGCAUUAUUGCUCUUUGGGACGGGUUUUCUCCAAGUAACAUUUUCUACAGCAAGCACACAGGCUCAGCCAGGACAAAGUGUCACUAUGUGGUGUGCACAUGAUAUCCAGGUUUCUGGACACCUGUACUGGUUCAAACAAACUGACGGUGAUGUACCAAUUCCUAUUGUGCGCAUGUUAUAUACCGAAAGCCUUCAGAAGGUAGAGCCAAGUUAUUUCAAUGGUUUUACAAAACAGCACCUGGUCAUGAAUUUGUUCAGCAAAAACACGACCUUAACAAUUAAGUAUGCAAAUAUUUCUGAUUCUGGCUUCUAUUUUUGUGGAGCUACGGGAUUUCACACGAAAUUUGGCAAUGGAACUAGGCUUGAAGUGAAAGACAGUAAAUGCCACAAUGACUCUUCAACUAUUUUUAACCAUUCAGAAAAGAAUGUCACAUCAGAGAAAAAUGACACAAGAACCUCAAAAAAGGAUGAUGAGAAAUCUUCUUCGUCUAGUACUAAGGAGUGUUCUAGAGACAUCUUUUUCACAUUGACACUCCUAUUUGGUUGCAUCAUUGUUUUUAUAUGUAUUAUUCCUCUAAUUAUGGCUAUUAUCAAGGAACACAAAAGGCAGAAGCUUAAAAAAGUCGCUGAACGUCAAACACAACAGCAUGAUGACAAGGAAGAUGACUCAGUAGAAUAUGCUGCGGUGCAUUUCAAAAACAAGAGACCCAAAACAGCAGGAAGACAUGACGAGUACUCAACUGCUGUGUAUACUGACACUACUUGAAACAUAAAACAACCUCAAAGACCUAUUAACACCUGAAUAAUAUCAGUUUAUUUUUUUAGAAAUGUAAUUAUAUUGGAGGUCAAAUGGUUAGGCAGAAAACUGAGGUUCCUUCCGAGUAUCACAUGCUUCAUCCCUGGGCCUUCAGAGAAUUAAAAUCAGGGUAAAAUCAAGUUUAGCAAUUUGUGAGCCAGGUAAAAUGUAUCAUGUCUCUAAAGUAAUUUAGAAACGAUCAAUUAAAGACAUGUUUAAAGAUACAUAAGUGUCAAAGAUGCUUUGGAAAAAUGUAUUCUCAAAAGUGCUAUGGGGAAACUACAUGGGGAGCUAAAGCAGUAAACAAAACAUCACAUUCAUCUAAAUAUAUCUGAUCAAUAAUGAUACUACUUGUUUUGAACUGGCAAUAUGAGCUGUGGAGUUGUCUGUUGAUUGACAGGUUUGUCAUAGUUUGGAUGUUUGCAUAAGCCACACCCCCUCAUAUAAAUAAAGCACAUUGAUUUCCUCAUCUUAA